GUUAAUUCCAUCACAGUAGCUCCUUCUAUUAUAUACCAUUAAAUUGAGUAUAUUUUUCAGGCGGCAAAAGGCAUAAGAAAACUCCUCUUUGCUCUGGUAGUGUCUCUACCAGCCCUAUUCAAUAUAGGAGCCUUACUAGCAUUGAUCACCUUCAUCUACGCCAUAAUCGGAAUGUUCCUGUUCGGACACGUACGACAACAAGGUGCUCUGGACGACAUGGUAAACUUCGAAACAUUCGGCCGAUCAAUGCAUUUGCUGUUCCGUCUGAUCACUUCAGCCGGCUGGAACGAUGUUCUAGAAUCCUUAAUGAUCGAGUAUCCGGAUUGUGACCCCCACUACAAACACCAAACCAACGGCGAUUGCGGCUACCCUUUGCUCGCCAUCAUCUACUUCACCAGCUUCAUCAUCAUCAACUACAUGAUCGUCAUCAACAUGUACAUCGCUAUUAUUCUGGAAAACUUCAACCAGGCGCACCAAGAAGAAGAAAUCGGUAUUGUAGAAGACGAUUUGGAGAUGUUUUACAUUAGAUGGAGCAAAUACGAUCCGCAUGCUGCUCAGUUUAUAAGAUUCAGUCAGUUGUCUGAUUUCAUAGCUUCGCUAGAUCCGCCUCUUGGGAUUCCCAAGCCCAACACUGUAGCUUUGGUUAGUUUCAAUUUACCUAUAGCUAAAGGCAACAAAAUUCAUUGUUUGGACAUUUUACAUGCGCUGGUCAAGCACGUGCUUGGACAUGUUGAAGAAACCGACAAUUUUAGACAAUUGCAAGAGCAAAUGGAUAUCAAAUUCAAAAAGCAGUUUCCUACAAGGAAGGAGUUGGAGAUAGUUUCGUCUACGCGGAUGUGGAAGAGGCAAGACAAGGCUGCCAAGCUGAUCCAGAAAACUUGGAAGGAUUAUUUGAGAAGGAAAAAGGAUAAAGAACGUCAAGACGAAGACGUAGACGAAACGACGCAAACGUCGUCGCCGGGCGGCGACUGGCGCAGCCGUCUGACGACGUUCCUGCACGUCCACAGAGGUUCGCGCGCAUCUUCCCGAAAAUCGUCGCGCGCAUCCGACGCCAGCGACCUCAGCGAACUCGGCGGGCCGUGGUUGAACUUGCCGCUGCUGUUGCUCACCGGCGCCGCCCGCGAUUUAGAAGCGAGACGUCAAUCGACCGAAGACGACGACGUCGACGAACCACCUAAAACGACGCCGCCUUCGAGACGGCGGAGUUUGUACAAUUUUUUUUUGAGGCAUCAGGACGCUGUUGAAACUCCGGACAGCAAAGGCUUGACACUUCAUCCGUCGACUGCGGACGACCGUCCGAUUCGGCGCAAACGCGCCGGUUCGGUGAAAAGCCGUCCGACGUCGGUGGCGGGCGGCUGUCAACGCAGUCAGUCGGAACGGUGCAGUCACAGUUCGGACGUCAGUAUUUUGGUGACGGAAGCGUCGCCGGAAGGCCGGCAAACGGCCGGCGAAUCGACGGUAGUCCAGGUGCUGGUGCACAGGGAAAGCGAAGAGGGCGACGACCUAAGCUGAUCAGGGAGUUUUCAAGCGACUAACCAAUAACUGGUCGAACGCUUGAACACCCCAUUUAGCCCUUGUGAUAUGUUAUACAAAUUUUUCUUCUUUUUUUUUUUUUGUUGCCAAAUUUCUUUUUAUCCGAGAGUUUUCCUGACAAUUUAAUUGUAGCUUUUAAGAUUUGUAAAUUGCUUGAAACUAUUCUCCAUAUCACCCUAUAGAAUAAGGAUCAAAAACACACAAAAAAGGAAUCUUUUUAUAUCACAUUGGAACAGCUGGUGCGCACCAAGUGUAUUUGUAUCUUUUUCUAACAUCAUGUAUAAGAAAAAGAUAGAAAGACAUUUUUUUUUUUUUUUUUUUUUCUACACCGGUUCUACCAAUAAUGGAAUUUAAAAACGAAAUCUGCACCAAUAAACAAAGAGUUUUUUCGAAUUCGAGGACAAUCGUAUUGUAAAGGUAAAAAGUCUGAUUUUCUUUAGGUAGGAAUUAAUUAAUUUCAUUUCCAAGCAAUUAAUUAGGUACUAGCUGACGUCAUAUACACAUGUUUGUGUUACGUCAUUGUUGACAAAACGAAAGUGAGAUUAUGUGUGUGACGUCAUCUAUUAAUUCCGAGUGUAGAUUAAAUUUUAAAUAUAUAAUUAUUAUUGUAAAUAAAAAUUAAUUAAACCGUGUAUAGUGUUGAAUUAUUAGUUUUUAAGUAUUAAUUAUUAUGUUAUGUCAAUUAAAAUUUU